AUGGUGUCGUCCAUAAUAGUCAUCGGUAUGCCCACAAUUGCGUUUAAAAUAAAUCAUAGCGCAAAGGCUAUUAAUCAUAAAUGUAUUGGAUAUUGUACGUUUAAAUUAUCAUUGAGUGAACCAUUUAAAUUAGAUUCAGUAUGCUUGAAUCGAACACAAUCUGAUAGUUGUACAGUCGAAAUUGAUAUUGAUUAUAAUACUAAAGUCGUUGAUGUGAAAUUUCUCACAGAUGAUACUAAGCAACAGCGUGCAAAUGAUGAUGAUUACAAUAUCGAUCAAACUAUACGAAUGGACUUUAAUACGAAAGUAAUCAAGAUAAAAGUAUAUUAUCUAUGUUACACUGAUGAUGAAUGCGAUUUAACAUAUGCUAAGCUCACAGUCGAUCGGUUACGUUCGUUGAAUUAUCAACCAGCUUUUGAUGACUUUCUUAAAAUUCUUCACAAGCCUGAUAAUCCUGUAACGCAAUGCUAUAAUAACGAUAAUACUGUGGAGUGCGUGGACGGUAAUUGCUUAGCACUAAUAUCCAAUUAUUCAAAUGAGUUUGAUUCAAAAUAUUGCGAUCAAAACGGCGAUCCAACGGAAACUGAUCUUGUGAUCGGUGAGUUUCGAGCGUUUAAUAAAAUGACAACAUUAAGGCAAAAUAAGAGAAUUAGGUAUUUAUGUGAUACGAAUCUUUGUAAUGGCAAAGAGUUUAUUGAUGCUGUUCAAAAAGUUGUAGGAAAUUAUGACUCCACCUUGUCAAUAACAUCACCCUACAGUGGAUCAGCAACGAAAUAUCCAUAUAAGCUAACAACUUAUACAAUGAUAUUAUAUGUAUUUUGCCUCAUUUUCUAUUGA